GGAAGCCUUUGCUGCAGACAGAACGUGUCAUGUCGCAGAGCAGGGUUGCCAGCUGUUGUCUGGUGAAGAUUAGGGCAUGCACUGGCCUUUUAAGAAGAGAGGGAGCACGUGUUCCCUGUGGGCAGAGAAAGAGAGGCCUUGCCAUCAUGCAGGCUGCAGGAUGCAUGGGAGGACAGAGGAGACUCGGCAGUUGGAGCAGCAGGAGUUCUCCUACAUCCAGCUGUUGCUCCCAAGGUCUUCAGAUCCAUGAAGAUGUCAAGGAAUAUUAUGGGAAACUCUUACAGAAUUCCAAGGAUUUGAAAACCAAUGCCUGUGUAACCCCAUCCAAGCCAGUGCCGAAAUUCAUACGGGAUGCACUGACAGAAGUUCAUGAUGAGGUUUCCUCACGCUACUAUGGCUGUGGACUUGUGGUACCUGAAUGCUUGGAGAACUGCAGGAUUCUGGACCUGGGCAGUGGUAGUGGCAGAGACUGCUAUGUACUAAGUAUGCUGGUUGGACCCAAGGGACACGUUACGGGAGUGGACAUGACUGAUGAGCAGGUUGAAAUCGCCAGAAAGUAUAUUGACUACCACAGGAAAAAAUUUGGUUACCAGGAACCAAAUAUUAAUUUUGUCAGUGGAUAUAUUGAAGAUGUCAAAGCUGCAGGCAUAGGUGACCAAAGCUAUGACAUCAUUAUAUCUAACUGUGUGAUCAAUCUUACCCCAGAUAAAAAGGCUGUACUACGAGAAGCCUACAGAGUGCUAAAGGAUGGUGGCGAGAUUUACUUUAGUGAUGUCUAUUCUAACAAGCCAGUUCCUGAUGAAUUAAGGGAAAAUAAAGUGCUUUGGGGAGAAUGUAUUAGUGGAGCUCUUUUCUGGAAGGACCUCUAUCUGAUUGCUGAAGAGAUUGGAUUUAGCCCCCCACGUCUAGUCACCUCCAGCUAUAUCACAGUUAAUAAUAAAGAAUUGGAGAACAUUAUUGGUGACCUCAAGUUUGUCUCUGCUACAUAUCGUUUGUUCAAGCUUCCGCAGAACUCUGUAACGGAGAAGGGUUUGGUUAUUUACAAUGGAGGAAUCACAGGCUGUGAGAAUGAGAUUCAGUUUGAUACAAACUUCACAUUCAAGGAAGGAGAAGCUACAUCAGUGGAUGAAGAGUUGUGGAGCAUCCUGAAGACUUCCAGAUUUUCAGAUGAAUUUUUAUUUCAGUCCUGGGGAAAGGAAGGCACUUCUACACAGUGCUGCAUAGAAAAGGAAAUCAUCAAGGAUCCAUUUCAGCUGACAGAGGAUCAGAAGAAAAGCUCCUCACCUCCUAGCUGCUGCGGGCCAAAGGGAUGCUGCUAGAAGCGCUCAAUGAAAGGGCAUGGAAGUGACUGAUCAGUAUUUAUUGAAAUAAUAAUUAGAAUAUCAAUUUCAGGAAUAUAUUAUGGAUUAAAUGGCCUUUAGGUGUUGAUCAUCAAAUAGCUUAGCCAUAACACUAGCGUUUCUUGCGGAUCCGUCAUGGAUCUGCAAAAACGCUUCAGUUACAAUAAUACAACCGCAUGCAUCCGUCAUGAACGGUUGUAUUAUGUCUUCUAUAUCCAUGACGGAUCAGUCAUGAACACCAUUGAAA